AUGACGUCCUCAGUCUUUGUCAAGUUUAUGUCGCAGAAGGAGCCGCGACGAAUAGAAUUCGACGGCACCGGCAUAUCCGUCUUUGAGCUGAAGCGCGACAUCAUCGUCAAGAAUGGCCUCGACAGGAGCGGAACAGAUUUCGACCUUGCCCUCUACAAUGAAGACGGAAGCGAAGAAUACGACGAUGACACCACCGUCAUUCCUCGUUCGACCACGGUGCUCGCUCGGCGUCUCCCCGCCAUGAGGCCUGGUGCCGGACGUGCCGCUCGCUAUGUCUCUGGGAAGAUGCCCGCCAAUGCAAAGAACGCUUCACGACGGGAACAGGCUACCAAAGCAGCAGCAGCAGCCAAGUCGCAAUCCGAUGCCAUCGCCAAGAUGGCCUCCGCUAUGUCCGAAGAGGAGAAGGUAGCGGCCAUGUUCGCAGCACAGGGAGCGGAAUGGACUGCCCAACAGGAAGAGAUGUCUCACCAGCAACCUGUCUACAAGCCAGGUUCCAAGAAGCCCGCCAACGUUCCCGAUCACGAGCCUCCAAACGGCUACGUCUGCCACAGAUGCGGCGAGAAGGGUCAUUGGAUUCAACAGUGCCCUACCAACGACAACCCCGAGUACGACAACCGCCCUCGCGUCAAGCGAACCACUGGCAUCCCCAAGUCAUUCCUGAAGACCGUGGAUAAGGCAACCGUUCUCGCUCAAGGGGCGGACGGUGACGACUCCAAGACGCCUGCUGGAAUCAUGGUGAACGCGGACGGAGAGUUCGUGAUCGCGGAGCCCGACAAGGCAUCGUGGCAAAAGUUUCAGGCCAAAGCACAGGGCUCUGCCGAGGCAAAGAAGAUUGCCGCACAGGGUGAGAAAGAGCUGCAGGAGAGGGGCUUGGAAUGCGACAUCGACAACAAAAUGUUCAUAGACCCAAUGAAGACACCCUGUUGUGCGAAGACGUAUUGCAAUGACUGCAUUACUAAUGCGCUCAUCGAGGGCGACCUGGUCUGUCCAUCAUGUCAGACGGAAGGUGUUCUCAUCGACGACCUAAAGCCUGAUGAGGAGGCGACGGCCAAGAUCGAAGAGUAUCUCAAGGAAAAGGAACAGGCCAAGAAGGAACGGUCCAAAACCCCCGAGGCAGCCAAGUCACCUGCUGCCGAUGAGUCACAGGAGAUUAAGAAGUCUGAGGAACCCGUCGACGGCACAGACGGCCUGCAAAAGGUCAAGGCCAAGUCACCCACUCCUCCCUCGGCGAAGUCGCCAGCUGGUGACGCGUCCUCCAAGUCAACACCAGUCAAGAAGGAGGACUCGCCCGCUGCCAACGGCAACCUGCCGAACUCCAAGAAGCGGCCGGCGGAGGAGCCCGCCGUAAAUCAGCCGGACAUCAAGAUCCCCAAGGGCCCCAAGGCUAUGAUGCAGAAGCAACAGCAGACGCAGCCACAGCAGCAGAUGAACGGCAUGAUGCCCGGUUUCAUGAACAUGAAUGGAAUGAACGGCUACUCGCCCAUGGGUGGUAUGCCGAUGGGCAUGAAUGGAAUGAACGGCAUGCCGCCAAUGGAUAUGUCGAUGGGCAUGAAUGGAAUGAACAGCUACCCACCCAUGGGUAUGCCGAUGGGCAUGAUGAACGGGUACAAUAUGAACAACAACUACAAUUCCAUGAUGAACACCCCCAUGAACCCCAUGAUGAUGAAUGGCGGGUUCAACAGCAACAAUGGUCCCGGCAUGAACGACGGCGGCUUCCACACUGGUCCUAGCGCCAUGAACGGUGCUGCGCCUAAUCGCUUCAAUGGCCCGAUGAACGGUGGCGGUCCAGGUUUCAACCGCGGCGGUCCACCUACUGGGCCUAGACAGCCUAAUUUCUCUCAGGCGGGCAACAGCGGCAACGGCAAUGACGAAGACGCGUACUUCCGGAAGCCGCUCAACCCUCACCGUCACCAGAAUCGUCAGCGCCGAGUCAGGCCCAGUGAUUACCGUGAGCUCUAG